AUGUAUGUCUAUAAGGUUUUUCUCUUGUUCCUAAUGUUCGUCCUGACUCUUGCUCAAGAUACUGUUUCCUCCUCUGCUGCUUCCGCUGGUGUUCUUACCACCGCCCAAACUAUUGCUGGCUCGUUCAGUUCAGACCCAAGCUUCAUAGUCGGGACUCUCCCCUAUCCCUCUGUAUCCACUAGUGCUGGCGGGGUUGUCGACCUGGAACGGGCAAAAUCAACCGUAUACUCUACUUCAAUCGUAUACGUCUCCUAUACCAACGUCGUCGCUACUACUAUUCUGCCACAGAGCACAAGCACUGCCGUAGUUACCCUUAACGUCACUUCUACGGCUUCUCUCACGUCUACAAUCUUGUCAACUGAACUCUCUACAACCACUGCCGUCGCGACUACGGCUUUUCUCACGUCUACAAUCUUAACAACAGAGAUAUUUUCAGCCACUGCCAUUACAACGAUCUCAACUCUAUCCAUGACUUUCGCUGCUGGUCUGUGCCAUCUUUCUUCCCAGGAUGCCUUAAUUCCAUGUACUACUGGCGUUAUAGCCUCUGCUACAUCAUCUGCUCCAACUAUAUCCCCAGCUUCAAUCACUUCCCCCGCAAUCCGCAAUAGACCUAACGGUCUAUUCAGAUCUCUGGGGUUCCUAAAGCAUCGUGCUGUCGGAGCUAAUCACCAUGUGAAACGAGAUCCGGGUUGCAGUGCAUGGCAGGCCUCUAUUGUAAUCACUGCCUUCUUCAUUGCUUUCACCUUAGUCUCGAUUCUCUGCUUCGCGACAAUUAUUCGCGAGAAGAGGGAGGAACCGUCUCGGCUUCAUGCCUACAAGUGGUGGGUAUAUGCCGCGCAAGCUGCUUUCUUGGGAUUACUGAUUUGGUUGCUUAUCUGGUCGGCUAUGGCGACGGCUGAAAAUGGAUGUAAUUGA